AUGUCGGCUGUAAGUAUAUUUGAAGCUCAUACCCAUCCCAGAAGCUGAAAUUGAAUCUGACUCACUCGCAGCGCUACCACAUUGAAAACCCAAACGUGGGCAAUAAAGCUGAUACCGAAGAUUGGAGAAGUACGUUUGAAGCUCUAUCCCAAUCAUAAUUGUCAAUUACAUACUGAUUAUAUGACAAAGUUCGCGGCUACAACCCAUUGACUCCUCCCGAUCUCCUUCAACAUGAAAUUCCCCAGACCCCCAAAUCGAAACAAACUGUUGUCAACGGACGCAAUGAGGCGGUCGAAGUGGUCAACGGCAAAGAUCCAAAACAGCGAUUGCUUGUGAUCAUCGGUCCCUGCUCAAUUCACGACCCCGCUGCUGCACUCGAAUACUGCGACAACCUGGUUAAGCUGAAGAACAAAUACCAAGAUGACCUACUCAUCGUUAUGCGCUCCUACCUUGAAAAGCCUCGAACAACUGUGGGAUGGAAGGGGCUGAUCAACGAUCCUGAUAUCGACAAUAGCUUCCAAAUCAACAAGGGCCUGCGAACGAGUAGACAGUUGUUUGUCGAUUUGACCGAGAAAGGGAUGCCAUUGGCAAGUGAGAUGUUGGAUACUAUCUCGCCACAAUUUCUUGCCGAUCUAUUGAGUGUUGGCGCAAUUGGAGCAAGAACUACUGAAUCGCAAUUACACCGGGAAUUGGCAAGUGGGCUAAGUUUCCCCGUUGGCUUCAAGAAUGGCACAGAUGGGACUUUGAGCGUCGCAAUUGAUGCGAUUGGUGCAGUCAAGCAUCCUCAUCAUUUCUUGUCAGUUACAAAACCAGGUGUUGUCGCUAUCGUUGGCACCGUUGGAAAUGAGGAUUGCUUCGUUAUUCUUCGUGGUGGUACUAAGGGGACGAACUAUGAUGCUGAAAAUAUCAAAGAAGCAAAGGCUGCACUGAACAAGAGCGGCGUCAACCCAAGAUUAAUGGUCGAUUGCAGUCACGGCAAUUCGCUAAAGAAUCAUAAGAAUCAACCCAAAGUUGCUGCAGUCUUAGCAGAACAAAUCUCGAAAGGCGAGGAUGCAAUUAUGGGUGUCAUGAUUGAGAGCAAUAUCAAUGAGGGCAAGUCUUUCAUUUCCCUUAAUAUUUUCAUGAAAAUCGACUGACAAAAGUCUAGGCGCUCAGAAAGUUCCCAAGGAAGGCAAAUCCGGGUUGAAAUACGGUGUCAGUAUUACGGAUGCUUGUAUUGGAUGGGAAGAUACCGAAGUUGUUCUCGAACUUCUUGCGAAAUCUGUUCAACAGCGAAGAGAAGUUUCGAAAUGA